AUGCCUGACAACACAACAGUAAAUACCAGACAGACGACAGCCUUGGCAACCCAGGUGAUGAAGGAUCUUUUGCAGAAUCAAGAGUUCAUCAAACUUUUGGACAACAUAGUUAGCAAUGCAAUAGAAAAAAAGCUGAAUGAAUUGAUUGCAAGCAUAGAGACAGUAAAAGGUGAUGUCAUCAACCUACACAAUAGAGUGGAUGAGAAAGAAAGAGAAAUCAUGCAUCUUCGUGAAAAGAUUUCCAGCCAAAACAACAGAUGUUCAAAGCUAGAGAAUUUGAUUGACAACAUGGAGCAGUACUCCCGGCGUUCGUGCAUUCGGAUAUUUGGUGUAAAGGAGUCAACUGGAGAGAACACUGAUGACAUAGCAACAGACAUCAUAUGUGGAAAGCUGGGCAUUCAACUUGAUAAAACAACAGACAUCGAUCGUUCUCAUCGGACAGGAAAACUAAAGGCUCAUCCAUCGUCAACGACUGGACAUCCAUCUUCUGGUGAUGUGACAUCAAGCGCUUCAGCAUCUCGCGUGGCUUCUACUGAUCUUGCUUCUAGUAUCAUUCGCGAUAAAUAUGCUCGCUCUAUCAUCGUGAAACUUACCACCUACAGAAAACGAAGAGAAAUCAUGGAAAACAGAAAGAAGCUGAAAGGAAGCGGCAUCACAAUCGUCGAAGAUCUAACAGCAAAGAACCAGAGUCUCCUCAAGCAAGCUCGCGCUCAUCCUGUCAUUCAGUCAGCAUGGUCAUCUGAUGGACGAGUCAUCGCGUUAAUCCCAGCAACAGGAGGUGCAUAUGCGACAGUAGGAGGAGAUCUCUUUGAGAUACCAUCCUCACCAAACAAUUCUUAUGAUGCUGUGUCUCUAGGAUGUCCAGCUAAUAUGAAUAACGUUACUCGUUGCUGGUAUAAGCAUAUGGAACAGAAGAUCCCUUUGGACAAGAGUAUUGCUAUUGUUUGUUGUACAUCGUACAUGUGCGACCCCCGUGGUAGUCCUCUAGGUCUAGAGAGCGGUAAAAUCAACAAUGAUUCUAUUUCAGUUUCAAGUGAGCGUAAUCAAGAUGUCGAGAAACGAGAAGUUCGUCUUAAUGGUCGCUCCGCAUGGCAACCUCUCGAAGAUGACGCUGACCCUUGGGUGCAGGUUGCCUUUGAUUCCGCUUUUAUCAUCACAGCUUUUAAAACACAAGGCAGGCCAGCUUAUAAUUUCGAGUGGACGACCGCAUAUAAAGUGUCCUGCAGUAUGGACGGAACGUCAUGGAUCUUCUACCAAGAUAAAUAUAAUAAUACAGACAAGGUAUUCUCAGGAAAUUACGGCAAAGGUAGUCCAGUAGAACACACCUUCUUUACACCCAUCGUAUGUAGAUUCUUCCGUAUCCAUCCGAAGAAGACCAUAGGUAAAAUAACCAUUAGGUUAGAACUCUAUGGAUACGGUCCUAUCAAUGAAUUAUUAGCUGCUAUAAACCAAGAGGAAUCUGGAUGUCCACAUCCCCUGAGAGGAAGUAAAAUGGGAGUGGAAGAUGGACGAAUCCCAGAUUCUAGUCUUACUUCUUCAUCGUAUCGAAUUAUCGACGGAUUCCCCCUUUCAGCACAAAAUGGAAGAUUGAACGGCGGAAUAGAUAUUAAUAGGAACGCUUGCUGGCUAGCCGUUGAUGACGAUCCAGACAAAUGGGUGAAAAUAGAUGUUGGAAAAACCUCUCUCAUCACCGGUAUCAUUGUACAAGGGCGAAAUAUGAUGAAACGUUGGGUGACAUCUCUGAAGGUUUCCCAUUCAUUGGAUAAUAAUACGUGGACUUUCGCUUUGGAACCACAAUGCGAACAAAAAGUCUUUCCUGCAAACUACGAUUAUGACACUCCUGUGACUAUUGUGUUCAACCAACCACUCACUGCUCGCUACGUCAGAAUUCACCCAUUCACAUGGUAUAGAUCGAGAGACGACUGCGCCUUGAGAUAUGAAGUCCUUGGUAUACAAGAUUAG